AUGAGACGCGCCCAGAGCGUUAGACACUACGGCAGACCCUCAAUCGCGCUGACGUCUGAUGAUCUAGGCGUUCUCAAGGAACCGGGAGAGUCGGAUGAAGAUGUGCUUAGGAGACAGCUGUUGGAGAAGGAUAGGCAGGUUGACCAGUUGACGGCGCAGGUUGAUCAGCUGAAACUACAGCUGUCGCAGCGUCCGCCACUGGAGGAGAUCCAAGCCCUGACGAAAGAGUACAAGAACUUGGACUUGCUGUUGCAAGGAACACAACGCGAGAACGAGCGGUGCAUGGCUGAACUGGAAAAGGUUAAAGCACGCGAAAAGCUGCUCGAGAAGAAACUCUGCGACCUCGCGGGGGAGAACUGGCAGUCAACACUCGACAUCCCCCCAGCAAGCGGCGCAAUGGCCAUCGGCUCCCGAAGCGGAAUCCUAGGACACCAGCGCACAGGCACAGCUCUCUCCGGCUCACCCAUCGCCGUAUCCACCCUCUCCGGGAUGUACUCCCACUCCCGUGCCGGAUCUUCGUCCUCGUCGUCCUCGCCGUCCGCCUUCACCCACCCCCACCAACAACACCAACAGCAUCAACACCAACAGCAAGACCAGUCCCAGAGCGACGACCACGCCCAUGAUCACACCGCAGACCUCAGUACCCUCCAACUCCAGCAACAAGAAGCCCUAGCACAGAAACUCGAACAAAUCAAACUCCUCGUGUUGGGUAUGGAUCAGAGGUUGCAGACGCGCGAGGGGGCGCUCGCGAAGAAACUUGAAGUGGCGGAGGGUAAUACCAAGAAAUUGGAGGCGUUGAAGAGGGAGUUGCCUGUGGCUAUUAGUGUUUGA